UACAUUACAGUACUAGCAACUGAGGGCUGUGACACACAGCCUGAAACGGAUUCGGAUGAGGCUUCCAGAUGCCCAUCUCCGAAGUCAUUUCCCGUAAUUAGAGGGUAUUAAACACUUCGUUGUCGAGUUGCUGGCCGGUGUGGGCUUGAAGCUUGAAUACAGCGAGUCAACCUUGGUCAACCAGUUCAGGAACUUCAGCGCUCAUUUGAUUCACACAUCAUGUCCGGUCCGCGCUCAGACAUUUCUGUUCUCAGCUCAGGUCACCAGACGAGAUCCCUGAUAAGUAACUUUACGAUAAGCCUGACAUUCUUGUUCCUCGCUCCGUAUGAUUGGUAUUGGUUGCCUACAUCCCCCUAGUGCAUCCCAGCGUGUGGCUCCUCCAACAUGAUGUCCUUGUGUUUCUAUCGUUUUCUGCCCAUAAUUCCAUAUAUUUCGACCAUCCUUGCCGCACAAGUGCAACCAGCCAGGCGCAACAUCGUCUCACCUGCCGCCUGCGUUGACGGAUACUCAUGGAUGGACGACAGUCAGGGCGACUCACCUUGUCUUACGGCCGCUUAUGUAGAGGGUGCGUGCACUGAGAACAACUACAACCAGCCAGUCCUGCAAAGCGGCUACUCGUACUCGUUACCAAAUUCUUCGACUGCGAAUCCUUGCUAUUGUUCUUGGUCGUCCUAUAAUCUUAUGAUGGCCUGCACUUUAUGUCAAGGAGUUAGUAAUUCUUCUGUCUCGGAAUGGCCUGCAUGGGCAUCCGGAUGCACCACGAACCAAUCAUGGACACAGGAAUAUUUCCCUCCUGGAUAUAUGCUUACUGGAGGUGCGUCCAUACCUUAUUGGGCUACUACUGAUCCGUCAACAUGGACAUACGCGACGUUCAAUAUCCCAGAUGCGAACGCUACCUAUCAAAAGAGUAUGCUAAGUUCAUUCUAUCUCUUCAUCACUGUUGUUGAUCCGGUCCAGAUUCUUCUAGUGUCACCCCAGGCGCCUCAUCGUCAUCUAGCGGUUCAGGUUCAAGCUCAUCUUCCAGCAGUUCAAGUUCAAGCUCGAAGUCAACUGACGUGGGUGCAAUAGUCGGUGGCACCGUCGGAGGCGCAGCCGCACUCCUUUUUCUCGUCAUUGCCGCCUAUGUACUGUACAGACGCCGCGUAUACAGGAAUGCCU